AAAUGACUAGAACUGUUUGUAUUGUGAUUGCUGUUUUCUGUAAGAACUCAGGAUGUCGCUGUUUACCAUAAGUAGAAUUACAGGCUCUACUCCACCCACCAUUGGAUUAUUCAAAAGAGUAAUGGACUAUAUUGCAUCACUUUCACCGAGGAGCAGUCGGACAACAUUCGUUUUGCUAUUCCUUUUGAGAGGCUAAUAUUGUACUCUUACGUUGCAGUAUCAUUUCGACUAGUAUUUAACUCUUAUGUUGACACUUGGUUUUGAUCAUCCAGAAUGGGGUACACAGGAUCUUCGGUUUUUACCUCUUUGUUCCGCCUGGCUUUUUGUCAUUGCCUGAUGCGCAUCAGCAAUGGAGACUUGAGCUAUUCAAUUCCAGAGGAGAUGAAACGCGGAUCUGUGAUCGGAAAUCUAGUUAAGGAUCUGGGGCUGGAUGCUAAGAGACUUUCAGGUCGUAAAGCUCGUUUGGAUAUGGAUGGCAGUCGUCAACCUUACUGUGACAUUAAUGUGAAUACUGGAGAAUUAAUUGUGGCUGAAACAAUAGACAGGGAGGAGCUGUGUGGACCGAAGGUUUCUUGUUCUUUAAAAUACGAGCUUGUGCUAGAGAAACCUCUGGAAUUACAUCGCAUAACUGUACAAAUACAAGAUAUAAACGACAAUUCACCACGGUUUCCCAAUGCACGUAUUGAUCUAGAAAUUCAGGAAUCUGCUGACAAAGGCGCACGAUAUCCCUUGGAUGAACCUCAUGACUCUGACAUAGGAUUAAAUGGUAUACAAAGCUAUUCACUGGAGAGGAAUGCCUAUUUUAUUUUGGACGUUCAAACGAGCUCAGACGGAGGAAAAUAUGGCGAGUUGGUAUUAGAAAAAGAAUUAGAUCGAGAACAACAGCAAGAGGUGACGUUGUUACUUACUGCGGUUGAUGGUGGGACUCCACAGAGAUCUGGUACUGUAGUUAUACACGUCACUGUGUUGGAUGCUAACGAUAAUAAACCAGUGUUUAGCCAGACAGUGUACAAAGUACGUUUGCCUGAAAAUUCUCCAACAGGGACUGUUGUAGUUGCAGUUAGUGCUAGUGAUGAAGACGAAGGAGCAAAUGGAGAAGUAUCAUAUGAGUUCAAUCGUAUUUCCGAUAAAGCAGCUAAACUGUUUUCCAUCGACAAAAAGACUGGGGAGAUUAAAGUGCAGGGUCCCAUAGAUUAUGAAGAAAAUGCAGAAUACGAAGUGCGUGUCCAGGCUAAAGAUGGGUCUGGCUUAGCUGGCAAUGCAAAAGUAAUGAUAGAAAUCACAGACCUAAAUGACAACGCACCGGUGAUAUUGAUCAAAUCCUUUAACAAUCCCAUCCCUGAGAACGUGUUACCUGGUACAGAGGUGGGGAUCAUAAAUGUACAAGAUGAAGAUUCAGAGGGAAAUAGACAGGUCCGCUGCUCCAUUCAACAAAAUGUCCCUUUCAAAUUAAACCCCUCAAUUAAAAACUAUUAUUCUCUGGUAACAACUAGUGAACUAGACCGUGAGAUAAUAUCAGAUUAUAACAUAACUAUCACUGCCGCUGACGAGGGGUCUCCACCUUUAUCCUCCACAAAGACAAUUCAUUUAUCUGUAUCAGACGUGAAUGACAACCCACCUGUGUUUGAAGAACAAUCCUACAGUUCCUAUGUGACUGAAAACAACAAGCCUGGCUCCUCUAUGUGUUCUGUUACUGCCAGAGACCCAGACUGGAGACAGAACGGUACGGUGGUCUAUUCUCUAUUGCCCAGUGGUGUCAACGGUGUUCCGGUGUCCUCAUUUCUAUCCAUUAACGGAGACACGGGGGUGAUCCAUGCUGUGAGAGCAUUUGAUUAUGAGCAGUUUAGGAGCUUCAAAGUCCACGUUGUAGCCAGAGACAAUGGUUCUCCUCCACUCAGCAGUAACGUGACAGUGAGAGUCUUCAUAACAGAUGAGAAUGAUAACUCUCCCCAGAUAUUAUACCCUGCUCCAGCAGGGAACUCCUUGAUGACUGAGAUGGUCCCCAAAGCUGCUCUGGCGGGGUCCCUGGUUUCCAAGGUGAUAGCUGUGGAUGCUGACUGUGGACAGAACGCGUGGCUUUCAUAUCAGAUCGUGAAAUCGACUGAUCCGGGACUUUUCACUAUUGGUCUCCACAGUGGAGAGAUCAGGGCACAGCGGGACAUUUCUGAAUCUGACAGUAUGAAGCAGAACCUUGUUAUAUCAGUGAAAGAUAACGGACAGCCCUCUCUCUCUGCAACCUGUGAUGUGUAUUUACUCAUAUCAGACAACUUGGCUGAAGUUCCAGAACUGAAAGACAUGGCUUAUGAGGAUAGUUCCAAACUAACUUCCUAUUUGAUCAUCGCACUGGUCUCUGUCUCCACCUUUUUCCUGACUUUCAUUAUUCUCAUCCUGGCCGUGAGGUUCUGCCGCAGUAGAAAGCCUAGAAUGUUGUUUGAUGGAGCAGUCGCCAUUCCCAGCGCGUAUUUCCCUCCCAACUAUGCAGAGGUGGAUGGAGCUGGAACUCUGCGCAGUUCUUACAAUUAUGACGCAUACCUGACAACGGGCUCACGCACCAGUGACUUCAAGUUUGCCAGAUCUUACAAUGACAGCACGCUGCCUGCUGAUCAGACACUAACAAGAUGUCCAGAUACAUUACUAGAAGGGAGUAUCAUGUCGCUCAACACUGCAGGAGAAGCGAAUGAGGUAAGCCUUCUCUCAUCUGAGAUACCACCGUUUGUACCUGAGUUGUUUCGUUGUGGGAGAAUGGGUUAUGUAUGUGGAAAAUACAUUCUGGGCCUUAAUGGCUUAUGCCAUCCUAUAGAAACAGUAGGUCUAUACUCGGUUUAGAUGAUAACAACUUAGUAGGCUAAAAUGUGGCAUUUAUCCACUCAUUGUUUUGUUUGAUUGGUUGAGUUGCAAAGGUGCUCGCUGUUUCUUCUCUUCUCUGUGAGGAGUAAUUCACUAGGGGUUUGAUUUGAUGGAAGCAGUUUGCUCCGUGUUUGUUUGGGCUGUGGUUUCCUAUAAUUUAAACAAGCAAUGCAGUUUCGGUUGCUUUUAGCCGGUGAUGUUUUCUUCACUGAUUUUCUGAUGGAGUUGACAAUAAAGCUUGAUGGAGAUAGGAAAACAUGGUUUAGACUACUUUUGAAAAGGAAUGAGACAUUGUAUAAUAAAUGGACAGUUUUUACCUGGAAAGAGUUUUGAAUGUGUUUUGAAACUUGAUUAUAUAUUGUUAGGGUGUGUGUUCAGCGUUGUGCAUUAAAAUCCCCAUUGCCUACCGUUUUUUUUGUUGGUCGCCUACAUUUCAGCACCAGACCAGUGGACAGCGUGGUGACAUGUUUUAGUUUACUGAAGUCUAACGGUCAAAAACUCAAAGAUAGAAUGCGAAAGAAAUACCAUUAUUUUAAUGACUAACGAAACAUCGGUAGUGAAAUCGACAGUUUUCAUGACGAUGGUUGAAAUAUUUUAUUAUCCAGUAAAAAAACAUGUUGCAACUAGUCUACUAAUGGCUUAUUGUGUGAAUAUUAGGAAUAUUGUGUAGGUUUUUCCUAAUAGCGUACCUCAUCCAUGUCUUCUCAUUAUCAUGUUACGUCGAGUUGUAAUACGGUCGUCUGCGUUUGGAGAAUAUGAAUCAUUCCAAGAAGGACACAUGGAAAACAAUAUAGGCCUACGAGCAUGCUGUUUAUCUGAUAGACUCAUGAUG